UAUCAAAAUAUUCUGAGUGGUUAGAAAAACAGUUAAAAAAAGGCGUUAUUAAAUAUUUUGAUUAUUCUGAGUUUAGAAAUGUCAAAGUAAUUGGUAGAGGCGGAUAUGGAAUUGUUUACUAUGCUAAUUAUCAUGGAACAGAAAUUGUAUUUAAAAAGCCUAUUGAUGAGAUUGCCAAAGCAUUUAUUAAUGAGUUAAAACAACUCAUUACGGCUAGGGAUUGCCAAAAUGUUAUUAAAGUUUUGGGAAUUACCACCGGUAUGGGAAAUAUCUUACUUUGA